GUAUGAACUCAGAACUCCUGAAUUUCACUACGAAGCAAGUAAGAAUAACGAACUGUUGCGUAAUUCUGACAAGUGGGAUGAGCUGCUCCGAUACAGAGAAAAUCUGGUCAAUGCUUCAAGACGCUUGCACACAGCACUACAGGGCUCUGAGGUGUCUGUGUACUGA